CUCCCGCACCACCACCAAAUGCCCGGCGGCGUGUGAGAGCACAGUGUCAAAUUCACAUCUCGCACCUACAGCGUCUUAGACGCCUGUAUAAAAUAGCCAACAUGAACUCUUCCACCCGCACCUCCGCCAUGCAUUCAUUCUCAAGUCCUCAGAGUCCUGGACGUAGAAGCUGGAGUUCACUCAUGGCGUUUUCUAGUUCUCUUUAUUUGUUACCGUCCCGGCUCCUUCAUUCCUAAUCAUUCUCUUCCCAUACACCUACCCAAGUUCCUUCGUCUUCGUUCAGGAUACCCGGCCCCUGUCAUAGCCAUGGAGCCCAAGUUCAAACAGGAGAUUCAACAGAUGAUGUACAUUGCAGGAGAGACACAAGAGGUCUCCGUCCAGACCACCAAACUUAUUGAGGAAAUCAUCCGAGAUCAAGUCGUUCACAUGCUCAAAAUAGCUAACGACCUCGCCGCCCGCCGCGGCUCCCGCGUCUUCUCCAACAACGACCUAAUCUUCCAAGUCCGCCACGACAAAGCCCGCGUCGAACGCCUCCGCAUCUUCCUCACCUGGAAAGCCAUCCGCAGAACGGUCAAAGACUCGGACGAAAAAGAAGGCUUCGUCGACGAAGCCGACCUUGAAGAAAACGUCGUCGCGCCCGCAGACGACGCCCCCGCGGGCGGCAAGACCAAGCUGCCUACCGUCACGCUCCCCUGGGACGCGGCGUCCUAUUUCUCUGAGCAAAUGACCGAGGCGAGCCAGGAGGAUCUGGUGGAGAUCACCAGUAACGAGGCCGCGCUCGAGAAGUUGAGGAGAAACGAUGAGCGGACGAGGGAUAUGACUGUUGCCGAGUAUGCGACGUGGUCAGAGUAUCGUCACGCGUCGCUGACUUAUCGCAAGGCCAAGAGGUUUCGAGAGUGGUGUGGAUUGGGCGUGAUUGCGGAGAACAAGCCCAAUGAUGAUGUUAUGGAUAUCCUGGGGUUCUUGACGAGUGAAAUGGUGCAGAAAUUGACGGCGCAGGCACUCAAAGUCCAAAAGCAGGAGGCAUAUCCGAAUGGCGUUCCAGCAGCUGCAAGGGAGACCAAAGAAGAGUCGGGCGUUGCUGAAUGGGACUCGACUUUUGCAACCACCCUCUCUGAGGCUUGUGAGUAUCAUUCCUUGAUUUUCUCUAUGACAUUUUGCUUCAAACUUUGCUUCUUCUUCUCCUUUCUCCCAACUCACAGGCUACUCGUAAACUUUUCGCAAAAGUUCUCGAAUAGCUUGCUAGCAGUCACCAACGACACCUAA